UUGUCCCAGAGAACUUCACCAAUAAUGGCUGGAAUAUAGAAAGUCCUUCUUUGUACAGACGUCAACAACAACAGAAAAAGAUCAGAAUGUCUGUGCUGAACAUAUUGUCACUGACCUUGAAUUUGCAGAAGAGGUUAUUGACAGACACUCUGAAAUCGACUAUGGUGCGAGUAGAUUGCGCUAGUGUGGACUCUUUGGUUAACCAUUGCGUGACCGCUGUCCGGUACGCUUGGCGCAAUGAGAGAGUGUUCCGCAAGAUCCGUGGUGGUGGACGGCCUGUUCGGGAAGGCGUCGUGCCGCCUGAAAAAAGUAAAUACGGCUGGAGACCCGUGCUGCCAGAGGACGGACAGUAUACCACGCGGCCGCUGCCUAUCAUCAAAAUGGGUGGAAGACAUCCCGAAACAGGGCGCGUCGUCGUUCGAACCAUCGGUGGCGGUCACAAGAAGCAGUUCCGGUGGGUGGACUACAAGAGGGAGGGUCCGGCGGAUGGGAGUGUCCUGGAAGAGAGAGUAAUGCAAGUCCGCUACGACCCAUGCAGGACCGCCUGGAUAGCUUUGGUGGCGUCUGGUGAUCACAAACGCUGGAUCAUAGCUACAGACGGCGUCAAAGUUGGUGAUAUUAUUAAAACAUCGUCAUAUAUUCCUCGUAUUCCAGUUCGUCCGGUGCAAGGCGAUGCCUAUGCCAUAGGUGCCCUUCCCAUAGGAACUGUUGUCCACAACAUCGAAGUGACCCCGGGCGGAGGAGCCUUGUUCUGCCGGGCGGCGGGAUCGUCCGCGCAGUACAUUAGGAAAAUGGACAAUAAGUGUCUGUUGCAGUUGCCUUCCAAAAGGCAGCUUUUAUUGGAUGAAAAGUGCAUGGUGGUGGUCGGACAGGUGUCCAACAUCGAGCAUGGGAGUAUCCCCAUCGGCAGCCCCAAUCGUCUGCGGGCAAUGGGCAAGCGCCCUCGGUCCGGUCUUUGGCACAGAAAAGACGGAUACUGUGGUCGCAAGAUUAGACCUCCCAAGAGUAUACUCGAUACACUAGCAGAGAGGGAAAAGAAGCCGGAAUUUUAUAAUUUAACGUUCAAGGCGUAGGAAUUAUUUGAAAUAAAAUGUUUAAUUAUAGUAAUCAUUUAGUUCUUGUAAACUUUCUUUCAACAUUUUGUAGCAUAUUAAAAUAAAUACUGUGAAACAUG